AGCGCCCACAGAGACAACGAGGAGUGGCAGAGAAAGAGUGAGAAUGGAGAUAGGGAGAAAGUGAGACAGUUUAACACGAGAAAAUGGUCCAAAAUAGGGAAAGGGGCAUAGCACACAUUUUUAAGGAGCCUCACUUUUGAUUUCGUUUUUUUUUCGCAGAAACGGAAUACAGAGCCCAGCACCGAAAAGAGAGAGAUAAAGAAAGCGAGGGGAGGGACCCAGUAACUAGAUUGAAAGAAAGAGAUAGAGAGUAUUGGGUAGCCUAAUCUAUCACCCAUCCUCCCCUCUAUGCUUGUCUUUCUUGUGUGAUACAACUAAUUUCACUGCAAUUACCUAAUUCCAGUUACCAGAAUGCGUAUCCUUGUGCAUCUGUGGAUGCUUUUCUUGUUUAUUUAAUUAUUAUCCGCAGUUUAUUUUCUUCACUGAUCUUUUCUCUCUCUCCGUCUUUCUGCUCUCCUGCGGGGCGGGUAGUCUGAGAGGGGAGAGACGGUAAACCAAGCCAGGGUGGCUCAAUCCAAGCAGAGUCCCCCGGUUUGUCCUCUUCUCGACGAUUCUCAAAACGUGCAGUCAUGUGGCAGUGCGCUGUGAUUGGCUCAGCGCUGUUGGCCUUGUGCUCUGCAGCCCCGCCCCCGCACAUCAACCGCCUGGCGCUCUUCCCCGACAAGAGCGCUUGGUGUGAGGCCAAGAAUAUCACCCAGAUCGUGGGGCACACGGGCUGCCAGCCUCGGUCUAUUCAAAACAGGGCAUGCCUGGGACAGUGCUUCAGCUACAGCGUGCCCAACACUUUCCCACAGUCCACAGAGUCUCUGGUGCACUGCGACUCCUGCAUGCCAGCACAGACACAGUGGGAGGUGGUCACUUUGGAGUGUCCCGGGAAUGAGGAGGUGCCCCGCGUGGACAAGCUGGUGGAGCGCAUCUUGCACUGCAGCUGCCAGUCCUGCAGCAAGGAGGCCGGCCAAGAGGGGGCGCUAUUGCAGCUUGACCCAUCAGAGGUGGUUCCAGAAGCCCCGCCCUCCCCACCAGUCGACGACGAAGUCGCCCACCCCCACGCCCUGGCCGACUCCCACGCCAGAGCGCAACCCCAGCAUUCUCACACGCACACGGACGCCGGCCAGCACAUACAUACUCCCACUGGUGGGUAGUUAGUGGGGGUGAGAGGAGAUGGGCGGGGCAUCUGCCAUAGACCCUCUUCUGUGUCUCCACCACUGGCCCACCCUCCACCUGUGUUUUAUCACGCCCCUCCCUUUCCCCAUCCUCUCUCCUUCUCAUAUCCCAACACAACUAGAGCACUUUCAGAGCCUCAGUCUACACACGCCCAAUAGACGGACUGACACGCACACGCACAGACACGCACACGCAUACACCUCCACGUGCUGCCUGCAGGAAACUGAAGACGUGUGCAGUGGCACGGAGACGCACACACAUCAGUACACACAACUUACACAAAUAUAUGGUAUGAAAAGUAAAUUUUCACUUGAUGUAGGAAAAAACUCUCUACUAUCUACGCCCCACUGACACUGCUGUCUGCACUGGCCCAGCACACAUGCCCUAAUGUCUCAAUGUACUCUCACCUAUGCGAACGUGUCAUAAGAUGUAAUAAACUAGCGACUCCUCACCUGACCCAAAGAUUUCUGCUGGUCUGAGACAGCAUUUAGGUAGGUGAACAGCUUGCCCUUUCACUGACAGGAAGUGCUUCCGUAAUGUGUAGUGGUACAUAGAUUUUGGUAAGAUUAAAAUUCGUUGAAGGCUUUAUUGUAGAUUUAAAAAAAGUAACUUUGUAAUGUCGUUUUUUAUGAUUUUAUUGCUUGAAAAAUACCUGCCAUUGAUAACAGAGAAACAGCAAAUGUAUCUGUUAUUCAUCCAUCCAUUUUCCAAACCGCUUAUCCUACUGGGUCGCGGGGGGUCCGGAGCCUAUCCCGGAAGCAAUGGGCACGAGGCAGGGAACAACCCAGGAUGGGGGGCCAGCCCAUCGCAGGGCACACUCACACACCAUGCACUCACACAUGCACACCUACGGGCAAUUUAGCAACUUUAUUUAGCAAAUUUAGUACCCGGAGGAAACCCCACGACAACAUAGGGAGAACAUGCAAACUCCGCACACAUGUAACCCAGGCGGAGACUCAAACCUAGGACCCAGAGGUGUGAGGCAACAGUGCCACUGCACAGUGCUACUGCACCACCAUGCCGCCCCCUGUAUCUGUUAUAUUAUUUAUAUAUAUGCCUUUACGUCAUAGAACAUUUCACAUGGUGUUGCACUAUUUUUCAAAGUUACACAUUGUUAACAUUUUAAACGUUUAACUGUUUGGCGCUGGAUGGGGGUGUGAGCAGUUUUAAGAUUCCUAAAGGAGCGGAUCUUAUCAAACUCGAAGUUCUUUAAAUACAUUUUAACUGAUCCCACGUAAACUUUUUAAAAUUAACAUAUUCUAAGGUACACGACGCGUGAAGGGGAGAAUCGGGGUGCCGUUCAUGAACAGCGCGCCCCCGCUUCAGUUAGUGAAGUCUUGUUUUAAUUUGGGAGCAGGUAUUUUAAUCCAAACAGCAGGAAGUAGGACGUAGAAAUAGCCUCUUUAUUUCCAAGUAAGCAAUGCGUAAAAUUUAAAUACUUUCAGAUCAAGGAAGAAUGCAAAGAAAUAGCCCUGAAUAAAGACAUGCGUCAUAUAUUUAAAUGGCAUAGUAAUGCAAAUUGUUGUUGCAUAUCACGUUUAUAUGUAUAUGUAACUUUAAUUUGGUAUUGAUUUUAUUUAAAUUCACAUUGAAUUGUCUAUCCCCCAUUUCACCACAUGAAAUAUCUAAAUUUAAAGUCAUUUGUGGAGUGUUUUCUUCUUUUUCGUCAUCGUAAACGCGUAAAAAUAAACCAUCUGGAAUGGAUUUUCCACAGCGCUAAGAAACGGCGAAUUGUUAUGGAUCAAACAAAAAAACCUGAAUUCUUAAAAAAAUAACCGAGCCAAUUAAAAUGACUACGAAAGGCGUCAGAUUGCAGUGGCUUCAGAGCCAGAGCAGCAUUUAGCGUGUCGCUACUGCCCCCUACUGGCAAGUAUGAAGAAGUGCAGCUGUUCUCUCCAGCGGGUCGGGCCGUGAAUGAUUGCUUCGGCUGGAUAAACGCAGAAGUAGAUAGAUUGUAGCUUGUUUAACGCAAGAAUGAAGACGCAGCAGGAGUCAAAAAUAAAAGUUUCAUCAGCGUGUA